AUGCCAUCUGUUACUUUGGACUAUUCGACCAUUGUUGCCACUGCCGGUAGUGAAUCGAUUGGAUAUUACAAGUACCAAAAUAUUCGCUACGCUGCUGUCCCGACCGGAGAUCUUCGUUUCGCAAAACCACAAUGGCCUCCUGUCGAGACAAUUGUGAACAAUGUUGUGGUAUGGUCACACGGUGGUAGAUUUGUCAUUGGAAGUAAGAGUGCAGUAACUCCUGAAGCUCUCUUCGCUCUGAGCAAGGAAUUCAUUUUUGUUGCCUAUAACUAUAGACUGGGAAUGACAGGUCUUGCCAAUGGUCCAACCCUUAAUCACCAAGGAGGCACCUCAAAUGCAUUAGUUUGGGAUUCUGCUCAUGCCUUUGAUUGGGUCAAAAGAUAUAUCAGUCAUUGGGGCGGUAAUCCAGAAGAGAUAGUGGCCGUUGGAUUUUCUGCCGGUGCUUCACAGGAUCUUUUCCAGAUUACGAAAUUCGCCGGUCGUGCUGAACAAACUUUUGCUCGUGCAUACAUUAUGUCUCCUGGAUUAGUACCUGGAGCAGGAAAUCAGCAUUCCGAGGCACUCUGGCAGAACGUAUCCACGUCUGUUGGAUGCGCAGGUGGCAGCUUGACUUGCAUGCGCUCUGUUGACUUUGCAACCCUUUCUACCGCGGCUAAUAACAUGGUCGCUAAAUAUACAUACCAAUUCCAACCUCGCGUCGAUGGUGACUUCAUUGCCGAAACAUAUGAAUCUCAGUUUUAUCAAAAACGCUUCAAUUUCACCGGUCCACUUGUCAUAACACAUGAACUUCACGAAAUCAACCAAAGACUACCUUCUGGCGUGAACAGCAGCUCGGAUAUUGGUCCCCACCUCAAACUUUAUUUUCCUUCCAUUACAGAUGAUAUCAUCAGUGAGAUCGAGGACCUAUAUCCUUCAGCGGACUAUCAAAGCGAAGGACUUCGCUUUGCAGAUAUAGACCAAGACUUCGAACUGGUUGCCCACAACUACGCCUUGACCGAAGCUCUUAACAAUCAGACUUGGAAUGCCAUGGUAGCCCUUGGUGUAGCCUCUCACGGCAUGGAUCAAAAUUAUUAUUGGUACAGCAACUUUACCCUUGUUCAAACCAAUGCCACCACUGCCAAUACUACAACUACAACUACUGCUGCGGGCGCAGGUAUUGUCACGACCAGAGACAUUGAUUUCAGUGUUGCGCUUAAGAUGCAGAAAUACUUGGUGUCAUUCAUCUUGACCGGAAAUCCAAACACCAUGUGGCCAGAGGAUAAACUGUAUUGGCCAUUACAUGGAGGAAACUCGUCUUCGCCCGGUAGGGAGUUAGUCUUUAACGAUACGAUGUAUAUUCAAGAUGAUAUCUUGGCCAAUGAGAGAAGUUUGUUUUGGAAUAAGGCGCUUUGGCAUUAG